UUAAAAUUUUCUUUCAUGUAAAACUUAUUCUAUUCGUGUAGAUUAUUUAUUUCUGUAGUAAUAUAUUUAGCAUUACAAACAUGCCUUUUGCGCCGGAAUUACGAACUCAUUCUCAAAAAGUGAAAACUCUGUAUAAAACAGCUAUGCGGUUACUUGAGUCGUAUCACGUGGCAAAAUUCGUCACACGAUAUCAUCAGGUUAUUCUGAGAGCAGAGUUCGAUAAGAACAAGGAUGUAUGUGACCCAAAAGAACAACGUCGCUUACUGUGGGUGGGACAGCAUGAAGUAUUUCUGAAGAAAAAUCCUUGUCCACCGGCACGAUUUCCAUAUUCACUGGGGAUAGCAGGAGGAGUAGCAUAUGGGCGUGAAAUAGACCCUCCGGACUGGGUCCUGGACUACUGGCAUCCAUUGGAAAAGGCGCAAUAUCCUGAAUAUUUCAAUAGACGCGAAUGUAGAAAACAGGAGUAUAUUAAGUUAUGGGAGCAAGGAAUUAUACGUUGAAUGUUGUUAGAUUUCCGUAUGAAUACAUGUUGUG